AUGGACUCCAAAAGGAUUUACACAGUCCUCCAAUAUCUUCUGGUUGUCAUAGCAGUUGCUUCACUGAUAGGGAAUUGUGUCUUGAUAUGGCUCAACACCGAACGUACACCGAAGUGCCCUUCACAAUCUGUGAACCCAAUCCCACCUGCAAGGCACAAUGAACGCAGUGAUGUCUUUGCUGACUUUUCAAUGGAGGAAUUCCUUAAGGUGCGUGACUAUGUAUCCAAGAUCCCAGGAAUGAACAUAUCAAUUGACCCAUUUUCACCUCCUUCGACUGAUUACCUCUAUCUGAUCGACCUGUCCCUGCCAAAGAAAGGGGACAUUUUGCACUAUCUGGAUGCCAAUGGACCCAAACCAGUGAGAGAGGCAACAGCAGUGGUUUUUCAUGGUACCACGGGCAACAUAAAGGAAUAUGUGGUGGGUCCUCUCCCCAACCCAAUGUACCAUCGAGACGUCACCUUCGAGAGGUAUAAAACGGAGAUCCCUUUGACUGCAAGUCCCUUGCGCUUAUGGGACUAUAUUGCCUUAGAUUUGUUUAUCCGCUCUGCCCUUAUACCGGUCAGACGACUAUUGAAUGAGAGUUUUGGUCCUCAUGUAACUUCAGACCCAACUUUCUAUAAUGGCUUGCCCAGCGGGGUCAAAUCAGGGGAGAGACAGACGUGGAUUUCAAUCUGUCGAAAAGUGGAAGGUUCCUAUAUCCACCAAGUGGGCUUUGAGAUGCUAAUCGACCACCGAAGCACUGCGGUUUUGAGGUGGCGUGUUAUUAAAGUGGUUUAUAACGGUCAGUACUUUAACAGCAUACAGGACCUAAAAAAGCAAUAUGAGGCAGGAACUGUGUCGAAAAUCAUCUUCAAACCUGUGCAGAAUCACGCAUCACUAAAACCCAAGGAGAAACCCACAGGCAUGGGACCCCAGCAGUUUUACACACAAGGCAAGCGCUACAGUGUGAAGAAUAACCACGUCAUCUACCUUGACUGGAGCUUUGCCUUUGGUCUGAGCCCACUUGCAGGGAUGAGAGUUUUUGAUGUUCGUUUCAGAGGGGAAAGGAUCAUCUAUGAGCUCAGUGUUCAAGAAGCCAUGUCGGUUUAUGGCUCUGCCACUCCAAAUUUGAUGCUCACCAAAUUCCUUGAUGCUAGCAUAGGUAUCGGGCGAUUUGCCUAUGAGCUGGUCCGAGGGGUUGAUUGCCCAUAUUUGGCUACCUACAUUGAUACUUUUCACUUUCUGGACACUGGAAUUCCACGUCUGCUUAGAAACUCAAUUUGCGUCUUUGAGCAUGACAUGGGACGUCCUCUAAGGAGACACUUUUCAGAAUCAAACUUCCUAACCUAUGGUGGAGUAGCAAACAGUGCCCUUGUGUUCAGGACCAUCACAUCCAUAGGAAAUUAUGAUUAUACGUGGGAUUUCAUCUUCUACCAGAGCGGUUCAGUGGAGGCAAAGGUUUACGCCACUGGGUACAUUGUCUCCUCAUUCACUGUGAAUGGCAGUUUUCUAUAUGGGCACCAAGUGGCAGAAAAUGUCACUGGGAAUAUCCAUACGCAUUUUCUCAACUUCAAAGUGGACCUUGAUGUUUUGGGAGUCAAGAAUGUAUUCCAGACCAAAGACAUGGAGUUUGUCAAUGUGUCUGUGCCCUGGAUGCCUGAACGUUACGCCAUGGUGCCUCAGUUGGUGGAGAAACAGCUCAAAACAGAACAGGAGGCAGCUCUGCGUUACGACACAAAGACUCCUCGCUACCUGCACAUCGCCAGCAACCAGACAAACCGUUGGGGUCACCAGCGCUCCUACCGGCUCCAAGUGACUAGCUUUGCUGGGGAUCACCUGCCAGAGAGUGAACCCGAGGAGAGGGCCAUGUCUUGGGCCAGGUAUAAGGUGGCCAUCACUAAGCAUAAGGACUCGGAGCAGGCUAGCGGCAGUCUGUACAAUCAAAACAACAUCUGGGCUCCUGCGGUAGACUUCAGCAAGUACAUUGAAGACAACGAAAGCAUUGAGAAUGAGGACUUGGUUGCCUGGGUGACCACUGGAUUCCUCCACAUUCCCCACUCCGAGGAUAUCCCCAACACGGUAACCGUGGGCAAUGCAGGCGGAGUCUUGCUUCGACCCCACAACUACUUUGACGAAGAACCAUCCAUCCACUCUCCUGAUGCGGUGUACAUCAGCUUGGGUACCGAACAGAGCUGCGACAACAACAGGGUGGCCUGCCUUGCUCGAGAGACCUGCAGCCCCGUGUUCGAACCUUUCACCUACAAUGGGUUUGAAGGAGUCACAAGCGGGGAGACAUGA